UUUUAAGGAUACCAGCUUGAACUGUCCUCAAUCUGCGAUGGGUCGCAAGCCUAGGAACCGAAGACAUAAAAAUAGGAGAACAGCAUUUUCACCGGAAACCAGCUCAUCACUAGACGAUUCUGCUAGUUCAUUGAACGACAGUGGCUGUGUGGCUCAUAGCAAUAUGAGUGGACCGGAACGAAGGACCAUCCACAUGAGCCACUAUCAGGGUGGCUCCCUGAAGGAUAAACUCGACCAGGGUGACAUGGUGUUCAAAACAGUUGAAGAUUUUGUUAACACUUAUGUAGAAGAUCCCAGCAAACGCCGACCCAUCAAAAAGAUGCUGGUUGCCACUAAUGGUAUUGCUGCUGUUCGUUGCAUCCUUUCUAUUCGAAAGUUGCUCAUGCAGCUUUUCCGCAAUGAUCGCAUCAUCAAAUUCAUUUGUUUGACAACUGAGCAAGAGAUUCGGUCAAAUGCUGAGUAUCUGAAACUUGCUGAUCACUUCGUGUUCUCACCUGGUGGAGAUAACAGGAACAACUAUGCCAACGUUGAAGAGAUUGUCAAUCAUGCGGUGGAAAAGGGGGUGGACGCUGUAUGGGCAGGUUGGGGACAUGCUUCAGAAAAUCCAGAGCUCCCUAAGCAGCUAGCCGCUCGUGGCAUUGUCUUCAUCGGGCCACCUGCCAGUGCUAUGUUUUCUUUGGGAGACAAGAUCGCAUCAACAAUCAUUGCUCAGACUUUGGACAUCCCAACUAUUGAAUGGUCUGGAAGCGGGCUAAAGCUGAAUUUGAGUGACACGAAAGAAGCCGAGCAUGUGACGAUCACGCAAGACCUCUUCAACCAAGCCAUAGUAUCUGACCUCUACGAGGGGCUAAGAGCUGUCGAAGUUCACAAAAUUGGGUACCCCCUAAUGAUCAAAGCAUCUGAGGGUGGAGGUGGUAAAGGUAUCCGCAAGUGCAAGAAUGAAGCCGACUUCAAAGAAAACUUCGUUCAAGUGCAGACUGAGGUGCCUGGAUCGCCCAUAUUUAUUAUGAAAUGCGUAGAAAAUGCAAGACACAUAGAAGUACAACUAAUUGCCGAUAGGUACGAAAACGUAAUCCCUGUAUUCACACGUGAUUGCUCAAUCCAAAGACGGUGUCAGAAAAUCAUUGAAGAGGCACCAGCUAGCAUAGCUCCAAAGGAAACCUUACGUAAAAUGCAGGAGGAUGCUGUAAAAAUUGCCAAAUUGGUGGGGUACGAAUCAGCAGGUACCGUUGAAUACAUGUAUCUGCCAGACGAAGACCGCUAUUUCUUCCUGGAACUCAACCCUAGGUUGCAGGUCGAACAUCCUUGCACCGAAAUGCUCGCUAGCAUAAACAUACCUGCAAUCCAAAUGCAGAUAGCUAUGGGUCUUCCUCUGAACAGGAUAACCGAUAUUCGACUUUUCUACGGGCUUGACCGGUACGGAACUACACCUCUGCCAGAUGAGCUUGUGCUCACGGACACGGAAUAUAGUGUAAUAGCUGCUAGGAUAACUUCUGAGGAUCCGGAAGACUUCUUCAGGCCAUCGACCGGAUCUGUUGAAGUGCUCAACUUCCGUUCCGCGCAAAAUGUUUGGGGUUACUUCUCAGUUUCUAGCGCUGGAAAAGUCCACGAGUUUGCGGAUUCUCAAUUUGGGCAUCUCUUUGCCAGAGGUCGCACUCGUCACGAGGCGGUGUCAGUGAUGUUGUGCGCUCUCCAAGAACUUGAGUUGCGCGCUUCAUUUGCCUCGCAGGUCUCAUAUCUUGUUGAUAUGCUCAAAGAGCCGGACUUCACAGAGAAUCGUUUCAACACGCAGUGGCUUGACAACCGCAUUGCCAACAAAGUCCUACAAAAAGCUCCACUUCCACGUCAUGAAAUGAUUGCCAUUAGUAGUGCUGUUAUUGGUCACUCUCGGGUCUCAACAGCUUUCAACAAUUUCAAAAACGCAGUUGAACGAGGACAGGUAAUUCCUACCAAGGAUCUCACUGAGACAUUCCUUUUCGAUCUCGUCAAAGACAUGAGCAUUUACAAAGUGACUGUGACUCGAAGUGGACCUCUAAAUUACAUCGUGACCUUGAAUGGCAGUAAGACCCAAGUGGAGAUUCGCUUGCUUGGUGAUGGCAGCUUGCUUGUCACCCAUCAGGAGCGCAGUUACACGUGUCAUCUUGAGGAAACCUCCGACAAAUUUAGGGUUACCAUUGGAAGGUCCAUCGUUGUGUUUGAAAAGGACAAUGAUCCAACAGUUCUUAAGUCGCCAUAUACUGGAAAGCUCUUGGGAUAUAAGAAACAAAACAGAGAAUGGGUGGGUGUUGGUGUAGUCUAUGCUUCCGUUGAGUCAAUGAAACUAGUGUUCAAUGUCGAAGUGAAGAAGGCACCUGGAAGACUUGAACAUGUCGCCAAAGAGGGCGAUUUGCUGUAUCCGGGAUCAGUUAUAGCUCGCCUUGUCGAUCAGAAAGAUGGAGAGAAGUACAAGCCUAAACCUUUCCUUGAGACUUUCCCAGAGUGGACAGAGUUUGCCGAUAUCGAGCGCGUUCUACCUGAAACCAAGAAGCACAGUAACUGUCUUGACAUGUGCAUGAAUGUUCUCCACGGCUCUAUCCCUCCUGGUGCUGACUUAAGCAUGAAGAACCUCGUAGAGGAAUUGUUCACGAACCUGGAAAGCACGACGUUACCUCAUGCUUUGUUCAAGCAAGCUCUCAAUCCAAUGGUCAAUCGAAUUCCAGAGAAGUAUUCUGCGAAGAUGAAGGAGCUUAUGAAAAUCGACUCUAUGAACAACUUCACGGCAGUCAAAGCCAUACUUGACGACUACUUCGGCUCUUUGAGUCAUGCUGAGUGGGAAACGGCAAAGGCAGUCUGCGACACGGUAUACCAUAUCUGUGAAAGAUUUGAAAAUGGGCUGAUGUCUAACACUGCAUAUGUGCUAAACUCACUGUUAGCUGAAUAUAAGCAGUGUGAGAGGUUUUUCGAAGGCCGCGUUUACGACGACGCUGUUGCUUUGCUCAAUGAAGAGUAUGGAUCAGACAAGGAUCGUGUUGUUUCCAUGAUUUACUCGCACACCCAGCUGAAAGGAAAGAACAAAUUCAUGUUGGCUCUGAUGGAAGGAAUCGAGAAACGCGGCAUGCAUUUGGUGACCCCACUAGCGGACAAUCUACGCGACAUUGGAAAUAUGUUCCACACGGAUGAAGUCUGCAAUCAAGCAAGACAACUUCUUUUGCAGAACAGCCGUGUGAAAUACAGAAAAUUCUUGAAUAAGAUCGUCUGGGACAUUGAAAAAAUAAGCCUAGCUGACAGAGACGUCAAAGAAGUUCUGCCAGUCGAUGACGCAGUGGCAAAGCUCAAAGGCCUUUUUGGACAGAUGUUGGAUCGCGGAAUGACACCAAAGGAGAUGCUCAACUCCAGUCCAUGGGCACACAAAGCUAUUCACGAGUUCUUCUUUGACGACAAACUGGCUGAUUUCGCCAUACGUGCUUAUAUCGGGUUGCAUUUUGCUGUGGAUGAUGUUACUUGCACAGCCUUACACUGUGCAAAUCAGGACGCGAAAGUUUAUGACUUCUUCGUGGACAAUUCCAAUCUUAUGCACUACAUGAUCUCCCCUAGCGUAGAAAGUAAUCAGUAUCUUUCCGUUGUCAAGCUUAGCGUCAAUCGAGAUAAUUUCAUACAAGCGAUCACACAUGAGAAUCUGAUCAAUUCCCUUGUGAGCAAGUUCUCUGAAUGUGGAAUCAAGUCAAAUGGAAUAAGAUCACAGCUUCGUGUCACCUUGCUAGUGAAUGUUAUCCAGCCAGCGGCUCCAUACAAGUCUAAAGAGGGUCAUCGUGAGGCUCAGUUGGAAGAGCUUCCAAUGUUCACGGAGAGUGACUGUCAGAUCGUUGCCGAAGCUGAAGAUGCUUCUCAAGUGAUCCGCAAUGCUUUAGCGAAAAAACUUACAGCUGUUGACAUCCUCACUCAUGUUCUUGUUUGCAAUCCAUGUAAACCUUUAACGCAGGUGGAUCUACUAGGAGCAGAACGAUUAGAAUUGUGGCGUUUACCUGCAGAAGCUCAGCUGGUCUCUGAUCGCCUUUCCAACCUAAACGUGUUCAAGUAUGAUGAUCCGGACAAGCGUUUCUCAAGACUGUUUGUACGCGAGAUGCUUGAAAUCCCCAUCCGUACCGUCGAAGACAGCUUCGAAGAAGUCGAAAACACCGUCUCUGCACAACUCGACAGUGCUUGCGGAGCUAUCAAUGUUGCCAUGAGGAGUUUCAAGAAGAAUGUCUAUGUGUCGAACCAUGUGUUUCUGUAUGUGACGUUCCCGAAACUGGCUUCAACUUUCACGAGUGAAUACCAGGAUGACUUGGACUCCCUGUUCGAGGAAGCCAUCAAGGAGCAGCGCGAAGUUCUUUACAAACACCAUGUGACGGAGGUUGAAGUGGUUUAUUCCAAACUGAGAGCGAAAGACGAAGUGCGUCAGCUUUGGAAGAGAAGAGUAAAGUUCCUAGAUGAGACCGGUGUUACACCUGAAUUCGGCAUUUAUGACGAGUAUAAGACAGCCAUUUAUCCACAAAAGUUGUCUCAUCUGCUAUACGGCAAUAAGCUUGAUGCUCACUCUAAAAUAAAGAAGAUAGAGAAGAAGCGAUCUUCAACAAGGGCUAAUGGCACCACUUACGUCUAUGAUUAUCCGACACUGAUUGGUCGCGCAUGUUUGGAAGAGUGGAAGAAACUCCAAGAUCGGUCUGAAAACGACAAAACUGGGCAGAACUUGUUUGAAAAGCAAUUCGCUUUGUUAACACCAACUCAACGUGCAGCAUAUCACAACGGCGACUACCGGCAGUUUUUCAGUGAGGAGGAAAUAGUAGUGAAGAAUGACGCUAUCGUGCGAAUAUCGGAUAAAGAAGAACUAAAGAAACGUGCUGACAACUGCAACAACGAAGCCGGAAUGGUUGCGUGGCAAUUGAGGCUAUUCACACCCGAAAAACCUUUGGGAUACACGAUCAUCGCGAUUGCCAAUGACAUAACAUUCCAGUCGGGAUCGUUUGCUACACCAGAGGAUAUGCUGUAUAGCUUGGCAUCUGAAUAUAGUAGGAAGAAUAAGUAUCCUCGUGUGAACGUUUCCUGUAACUCUGGCGCUCGCAUCGGAUUGUGCGAAGAUGUUUCGAAAGUGUUCCGGGCAAAGUUCAAGGACCCCAGCCAUCCUGAGGAAGGCUUCGACUAUCUGUAUGUCGAUGGUAGUGAGGAGGAAUCUUUGAAAGAACAAAUAGUCUAUGAGAAGUUACCAAAUGGAUUGCUGCGACUAAAGGCUGUCAUUGGGAAGCAGAAUGAGACCAUCGGGGUCGAAAACUUGCAAGGAUCUGGUAUGAUAGCUGGAGAGACGUCAGCUGCAUAUGAAGAAGUGCCCACAUAUUGCCUUGUCACGGGUAGAACUGUUGGUAUCGGCGCAUAUACGGCUAGAUUGGCUCACCGCAUUGUCCAGACACGAUCAUCUCAUCUCAUUCUUACGGGUGCACCAGCUCUGAAUACUUUGCUAGGAAAAGAGGUCUACACAUCAAACAACCAGCUUGGAGGCAUACAAAUUAUGUAUAAAAAUGGAGUGACUCAUGCUGUGGUUAAUGAUGAUUUCGAAGGAAUCUGCAAAAUCAUACAGUGGAUGAGCUACCUACCUGAUGAGAUAUCAUCGUUCCCUUAUCGACGGCCUCUCGGGUUUGACUCAGCACCUCGACCUGUAAAGUUUACAAUUGAACCUAACAAGCCGUACGACAUCCGACAACUUAUUGAUAGCCGCAAUUCUGAGGAAUCUCACGGAAUCUGUGAUUCUAACUCGUUCGACGAGAUCAUGAACGAUUGGGCGAAGACAAUAAUUGCUGGAAGGGCACGAAUUGGAGGAAUCCCGAUCGGAGUUGUUUCAUCUGAACUUCGGAAUGUGAUGUCCGUCACUCCCGCUGAUCCCGCAUCUCCAAACAGUCAGUCCGUCGAAAUACAUCAGGCUGGACAAGUGUGGUACCCAGACUCGGCAUUUAAAACCGCCGAAGUUAUUGGAGAUUUCAAUCGUGAAGGACUUCCUCUUCUGUUCAUUGCAUCGUUGCGCGGCUUCUCGGGUGGACAGCGUGAUAUGUUCGAAAUGGUGCUCAAGUUUGGCGCGCAAAUAGUCGACGCACUGAGGGUGUACCGUAUGCCUGUGAUUAUAUACAUCCCAUGCCAAGGCGAGCUACGCGGUGGAGCUUGGGUAGUCCUGGAUAGCAAAAUCAAUCCCGGUUUUAUUAGCAUGGUCGCAGACAAGGAGUCUCGAGGAGGAAUCUUGGAAGCAAAUGCGAUAGUUGGUAUCAAAUUCCGCGACGACAAACUUCUGGCCUUGCAAAAGAGGAAUGAUGAGAUAAUGCAGCAAUUAGAUGCGCGACUCCUCGAAGAAGUCAAACUGCACGGCGCAGAAUCCGCUGAAGCCAAUAAUGCGCGAACGUUGCUAACUAGAAGAUCUCAAGAUCUAAAGAAAUCCUAUAGAGGAGUGACCGUCGAAUUUGCUGAUUUGCAUGAUCGGGCUGAGAGAAUGUCUAUCAAAAAAGCUGUGCAGCACAUCACUGAUCUCACCAACUCUCGUAAUCUAUUCACUCAGAUAUUCACUUUGGAAAUUGCCAAGAUUCAUUUAUGUGAAAUUUACCUCAAACGGGCUGAUAGACAUACUACACGUCAAGAAGCAUACAAAUGGGUUGCCUCGCGGUUUGAUGAGUACCACAAAGGAGUCCUUUCGUUGCCACCCUCCGAACAGAUGACAUUCUUGGAGAAAUUCGUUUCUUCCGGAGUUUUUGCCCAACUGAUCGAUCAAGUUCGGGAAGAGUCUGUAGAACGGGAAUUGCUGAUGAUGUCCGAACAGGAACUGCGGGAUAUGAAACGGCUACUGGAGCUAUCUAGCUGUCAGCGUCCUUUAAGUUCACUGUGCUGGUCACAUUAA